GAACUCGAAUGGAGGCCGUCGGUGUUGAAGAAUUGAUACAAUCGAGUGAGAAAGCUGCGUUCAAGAACUCCUAACGCUGCGCUGUAAGAUUUCGGGAUUUGAGCCGGAUCGCCUGUCUGGAUCUCACCGACUCGUGGUUCCGGUCCCGGGAGCGUCCUGGAGGCUCGGUUUGGGAGCAGUGCCCGUUUGUUUAUAUUGUGGAGAAGCUGAGAUCUGGAGCAGGAGGCCCGUCGCGCGACUGACAGUUGGAGAAUAUGAAACGGUCCUCACAAUGACGUCUCGGAUUGUGAAAACCUACAGCCGCAAGGCGGGUGACGGGACGUCCAAGUUCGACGAGGUCCUGUCCAACAAGCGCGCCACGCUCAGCACCAAAUGGGGCGAGACGACUUACAAAGCCCAGCUGGGCUCCAAGAGACCCGGCGUAAAGGCCGAGCGACCGGACCGGACCAAGAAACCCAAGAUAGCGGAGGACGACGGCUCCGAGGACCCGUUUGGGUUCGACAGCGACGACGAGUCGAGACCCGUGUCAUCCCGGAACGCGUCCAAGUCCCCGGCCAAGCUGGGCUCUGUGGAAGCUGGGUUGACCCUGGAGCCGAACAGUAGAGUGAACCAGCCUGCCAGCGUGGAGGCAGUGGCGCCUGGCCGACCCCCGACCCACACGCUCGCCACGCCCGGUGGAGAUAAGGGCGCUGUUUGGGUCCCGGAGGACUCGGGGAGGUUCUUCACCAGCUCCGCAUCAGGCAAGACCCACAGCUGGUCCGGCGAAAACGCAGAACGUCACAGCUACUCGUGGUACAAAAACGCUUCAGAGAGCGACCGCAGACCGCUAGCCCAGACCACCACGCUGAAAUCGGAAAAAUCCGAAGACAAGGAUUCAUUUGACGCUUGGGGCGCUAUUGUUGGACUGGGGUCCCGCUCAUCAUCACCGCUCUUGGCCUCCAGAGACCCUCCGUCCAGCACGUGGACGUCCAGCAGCAGCUUCCUGACCAAACCCCAUGUCGAGACCCGCGUCACCGAGGUCGGCCCGGGAGACCUGGAUCUCCCGAUGGAACCUUCGGAAUCGGAAGACCACUCGCAAUCGCUGCUCAGGACCUCCAACUGCAGGACGUACUGCAGACCGAACAAAAACAAGCCAUCGGCCUUCGGCGGCACGUCGAACAGCGACGGUGCAGGAUCCACGAAGACCGGCGAAGGUGAAGGCAAGAACCGCGGCAGAACGAGGGACUACACAGUCCUGCACCCGUCCAGCAUGUCCGCCUGCAAUGUCACCAUUCAGGACUCCAUGGAGCGGGGAAUGGAGGAGUACACGCCCGCCAACCCAGCUGCGGAUCUGGUCGAGGCUGGAAGGCUGAGGAAGAAAGCCGAGCCGGAGACCAAACCUGUCAGGUCCAGAUCCACGCAGAGCAAGACCAAAAAGGAAAGCAAGCUGGAUCUCUUCGGCUUCGACGACGGAGACGCUUUCGCCGCAGAAGGAGACCCCGCCGCCUCAGGCGGCUCCAACUACAAGAUCAAAUACUUCGGCUUCGACGAGCUGAGCGAGAGCGAUAGCGACGGGGCCGAGGACGAGGACAAGCCGAGGAAGACCAAGAGGAUGGCCUCUCUACCAGCGGAAGAUUCCGGAGAGUCUUGCGUAGAUGUUUCCCAACCUAAAGCAUCUCCAGAGAACAGCACAGGUCAGAAACUUGGCCUCAAGGGAGAUUGUUUGGAGAUGCUGGAGGUGAACUCACGCACCACGUCUGACGCGCUGAAGAGGCCUCAGGUCAAAACUCAGGAGAAAGCCAAGGAGAGCGGCAGGAGGAUCUUCAGCGGACCCAAAAGGUCUCCUACUAAAGCUGUGUAUAAUGCAAGACACUGGAACCACCCAGAACCUGAAGAGCUUCCCCCUCCACCUCCAUCUGCGUCACAGGCUGCUCCGGCCUCUUCAUCCGGGAGCAGCAAAGAGUCGAACUCGCACAAGGGAGAUGAGGGCGUGUUCAAGACUCCGCCCCUGCCACCCAAAGUCACGAAGUCGGUCACCGUGCCCACAGAGCCUUACCAGGACAUCGUCACUGCGCUGAAAUGCCGGAAAGAGCACAAAGAGUUAUACACAGUGGUGCAGCACGUCAAGCACUUCAACGACGUGGUGGAGUUCGGAGAGAACCAGGAGUUCACAGAUGACUUUGAGUACCUGGCGACGGGCCUCAAGAGCGGCCAGCCUCUCAACACUCGCUGCCUUAGUGUUAUUAGCCUGGCGACACGCUGUGCUCUGCCCAGCUUCCGCAUGCACCUGAGGGCCCGGGGCAAAGUGGCGCAAGUCUUUAAGACUCUCAAUGAUGCCCCCCAGCACCCUAACCUGGCUCUCUGCACAGCGUCCCUGAUGUACAUCCUGAGUCGUGACCGUUUGAACAUGGACCUGGACCGGGCCUGUCUCGAGCUGAUGAUCCGCCUGCUGGAGCUCGAGCAGGACAAAACAGCAGACAGCCAGCUCUCAGCCAAAGAGAUGAGCAAAGUGAAAGAGCGGAUCCGCAAGCUCUGCGAGACCGUGCACAACAAGCACCUCGACCUGGAGAACAUCACGACGGGGCAUCUGGCCAUGGAAACGCUGUUAUCUCUAACGUCAAAAAGAGCAGGAGACUGGUUCAAAGAGGAGCUCCGGUUACUGGGAGGACUGGACCACAUUGUAGAUAAAGUGAAAGAGUGUGUGGAGAACCUGAGCUGUGAAGAUGAUAAGGAGAAUCUGGUGGCCUCGCUGUGGGGAGCCGAGAGAUGUCUGCGUGUUCUGGAGAGUGUCACCGUACACAACCCAGAGAACCAGGCUUACCUGAUCGCAUACAAAGACUCCCAACUCAUCGUUUCUUCGGCUAAGGCCCUGCGUCACUGUGAGGAGAUGAUCCAGCGCUACAGCCGGGACGUGAGCAGGAGCUCCUCGGGGUCGUCCCAGCCCCACUGCAGCGUGGGUAAAGCGGUGCAGGACUGCAUGAGAGCAGUCAUCGGCGUCCUGCUCAAUCUCACACACGACAACGAAUGGGGAAGCACAAAGACGGGUGAGCAGGAGGAUCUGAUCAUCACGGCGCUGAACUGUGUGCUGCGGGUGCCUCAGUUUCUGCCCCAGGAGCAGCGCUUCGACAUCAGAGUGCUGGGUCUGGGCCUGCUGAUAAACUUGGUGGAGUACAGUGCAAGGAAUAGACACUGUCUGGUGGAGAUGGAGAUGGAUGGAGGUGAGCUCUGGGACUCCAUAUGCGUGUCAGACAAAGAGGAGCUGAACAUGGAGGGCUCACUGAGCGCCAUCGCCGCACUGGUUAAGCUGUUCCUCCAGCGCGAGCACGCCGCCGUCCUGGCCGAGGCAGAGACUGAUGACUUCAUCAACGACGUCCCCACAGAGGCGCUGGACCAGAGCGGGGAGUGGCAGGAGACGUCCGGAGAGAUCCAGUGGGUGGCGUCGGAGGACAAGGGCGAGGACGACAAGAACAAGAAGAAAGAUGACGACGAAGAGGAGCUGGACCUCAACAAAGCUCUCCAGCAUGCAGGGAAGCACAUGGAGGACAGCAUCGUGGCCUCAUACACUGCACUGCUUUUGGGCUGCCUCUGCCAGGGAAGCCCUAUGAACGUGAGUACUGUGCGGGAGAACCUUCCCAAAGGUGACUUCUCCAUAAUGACAGAAAUGCUGAAGAAGUUUCUCAACUUCAUGAAUCUAACUUGUGACAUGGGCACCACGGGCCAGAAGUCGAUCUCUCGGGUCAUCGAUUACCUCGAGCACUGCUAGUGUGAGCGGAGGACGGCUUCUCUCUGUCUGUCUCUCUCUCUCUCUCUCUCUCUCUCUCUCUCUCUCUCUCUCUC